ACCAUUUGUAUGCUGUAGUUCUACGCCGAGCGAUUGAAACCGACGGACAACUUAAGGGCAAACUUGCUCAACCUGUAAAAUGUUGUGAAUGAAACAGUCGAUUAUUUAUUUUAAAUUAGCGAGGAUGUGGGUCGCCAGGCGAUUUCUGUCUUCGGUCGCUCAGAGAAGUCAGUUUGCAGGUCGGUCUGGCUUGUUCCGUCGCCCUCAGCACGGCUGCCUCCCGGAGCUCGAGCCGCGGUACCUUCAGUGCACAUGUUGCUGGCGGAGCCGGGUUCCCGUGGCCGGCUUUGAGACCCUAAACGCAACAGUCUCCUCCACUUCUGAGCCCUGCAACGAGGACAACAGAUCCCUGGACGCCUGCUACACCCCCGAGCAACGAGACACCAUUCUGCUGCUGCUCAACAACGCCACACCGUCAGAGCUGGCCGGGGUCAAGCUCCUUAGGGGCCGCAAGUCGCUCAACAUUGUGGACUACAGGACUAAAAACGGCCCCUUUAAAACUCUUGAGAGUGUGGUGAAUGUGCCGCUGCUGAAGCACAAAAGUGCUGUCACAGUGUUCAACGCCAUCCUCAACCCGGUCAAGAAGGAGAAGAAAGUGAGGGUCCAGUUGGCCAAGUUUGUCAGUCCAGAGGUUGACAAGUCGUGGCUGGAGGAAGCCAACACCGUUGUGUCGAUAGUAUGUGGGACUAAUAGAGUCGCCUGGGCUCAUGUGGACCGCAGGAUGAUGUUGCUGGAUUGGCAGCAGCUGGACUGUCCAAAUUUCUUGAGGGGAACAUACAUGGCUUCUGCUUACUUGACUGAUGUCUCUGCAGUUCUGGCACUUCUCCCAUCAGCAGACUUCUACAUAGUAGAGAAACCCUCCAUCUCAAUGCAUAAUACAAACUUGUACCCCAUCAUGGCCCACAUGAGGUCUGUGGAGGCCAUGCUGUUCGCUCUGCUGGAGCCAAGAAACUCAUCACCUGACACCAACAUACCCCCCAGGGUUCUGAACAUGAUGCGAACUGCUGUGGGACGUCACUUUGGGCUCAUGGUGGGCAUGGUGCGCACCAGUGGAGCACAGAUCGUGCAACAGCUGAUGACUGAGUCGGUGACACAGGAGCUUCCCAGGAUAAAUUUCCCCCCAGAGCUGCUGUUGAAAUACAGGAAUUAUUUCCAGAUGAACAGCAGAAGAGGAGGAGAGGAACUCUGUGACGCUCUGCUGCAGGCUGUGACUUUUUUCGAGCUGCUUAGUGCUUCCCAAUCUUCCAGUUAGCACCACAUGGACCGAUCUCGUGCCCCGAACGUGCACUACAUCCACCAAAUAAGACCUUCUGAGCCCUUUUAGACUUGAACCAAACAUUCAGUUCUUCUACAGCUUUGGUGGUGGUUGAUAGUACAUUUGUAGUACUGAAUAUUGUGUCAUAAAACACCCUUAUACUGUUUUUUCGGAUGCUGAACAGCAUGAUUUCUGCAGUGUUAAGUUUUGAGAUGCACCGAUUUCACUUUUUAGUGCCGAUACCGAUACAGGAGUUUGUCAGUGUUUAAUAAUAAGCUGUCUGUGCCUCACCAUGUGGAAAUGACUGGGAUCAUUCUUUUAUGUGUAAGGCAACAUCAGGUUUGACUAUAGACUCUUUAUAAAGAUGGACAAUGUAGCUCCACUUUCUCCCAUUGUACAAAAGUUAAGCCAAAAUAUUCCGUAUACAGAAGCUGCCAUCCUGCACAUUUAAAGCAUGUGUCUGCACAGAAGUGAUCAGCGUCAAGGUCCGGCCCAUACAACCGCCCGGCCAAUCUUUUGUCAUUCAUUGCUACACCCAUCAUUAAAAAACAUAUAUAUAUAUAUAUCAGAAAAAUGAACACUUGAACUUACAACAUUAUGGUAGGAAGUACUUAAAAUGAUAACGUUAGCAGAUGGGACCUGGGCCAAACUAAGAAAGAUCAAAGUAUAAAUCAAAUACAAUUUUCCCCUAAGAUGGUGUCUGAGGGAGCAGGAUUUGAGACCUGUACUGCAGUGAGGCAUCCUUCUUUAUAAUCAGUCUACGGGCAUGACUUAAACAUUGCUUUCCUAUCUUUUUAAGACAAAAUGUAUAAAAAUAAAUAUAAAAUUACUGAAUUGUUAUUUAUUAUUAAAAUGAUAAAUUGUGCAUGAACCACUUGGUAAAAAAAUCUAAAAAUAAACAGUGUAUAAUCUUUAAAUACAAACAAAUUGCUCCAAACCUAAACAGGAUAUAGAAUGUCUGUCUAUAAACAGAACAGAAUUGAUCAGCCUCAUUGUCAACAAAACCCUGUCCAGCUGUUUGAGUCAAUAUCUGUGCAUUUUUGUUACUUGGACUGUCAACAUUGUUUGAUUUGGACACUUGAAUAAAGUAAAUGGCGUCUGU